CGUUAGCCCAAGGCCGCGCGUUCCAAGAACUCCGAGUGGCAAAACAGAGAUGACGUGAAAUUUGUGCUGUGUAAAAAAAGGGGAUAUUUCCAGUCACAGAAAAACAACACAAAAAAAAAUAACUCACUUACUUUUUUUUUUCUUCUCUAUCACCAAAAGACGCGUUAUUAUGACUUCAGCAUACUAUUACAAUCAACAACAACCAGGUGGUUCUAUUCCAUCUGUUCCCCAACAACGUAUUCCUGGUCAAAUCGGCAUCAGUCCUGCUCAGGGACAUUAUAUCCAACAACAGCAACAACAGCAACAGCAACAACAAUACAGAAACCAAGCCAUGAACGACCCUAAUGCGCAUCGAAAGCGCCCUCACACUAAUAAGCCUUCGAGACCCACAGCGCCACUUACUGACGACGCAGACGAACCUUCAGGAGAUGAGUUGGAUGAUAUUUCGGCUCGAGAUAUUGCAAUGGCAAGAUACAAGCGUAAUCACGAUUACUUGUCCGAAAUUUUUACCCCUUAUAACGCUGCUUCCAUUGUACCUCCCCCAUUGGACAUUAGCCAGACAAAGGAAGAGUUGGAUAAGCAAAUUGAGGAACACAAGGAAAGAGUAGUUCGACAAAAGACUAGUCAUGAGGAGAAAAUGAAAUUACUGGAGAAAGAACAAGAAAAGUUUUGGAAGUUGAUGGGUCAGUUAAAUGAAGCCAGUACAUUAGAGACGAUUGAUGAAGCGUCACAUGCGUUAGCUAAAGAGAUGGGAGUUCGUAUUGAACACACACCCAGUCUUGUCAAAGCUGUUUCGAUACCCGGAAUUAAAGAUGAAGAUUUAAUUGAAUUAAACCAACAAAAGGAUGAACAUGAACAAAUGGAAACAGAUGAACACAGAUCUGAAUCACCCAAUAAUAACGAAUUGUUAGAACAGCAAAAUGUGAUUAACAGUAAUGUAAAUAAUAGCAACGAUGAUAACAGUAUGGAUAUGUUUUUCGAUAAUUCGAGACAAGAAGAAGAAAAUACAGAUAGUUUCUUUAAUGAGAUGGUAAACACAGAUGACGAUCCAUCUGUUAACGAAUUCUUGAACACUGAAUAAACUUUUUUUUUUUUCUUUUUACAAACUCAGGUUAC